GCCAAACAUCUCACGUUUCCCUCCGAUUCGUUUGGUUGUCUAAACACUGACAUCGAACGUCUUCCGCCAUGCCUGUGCCGGUCGGUGCCAUACCUGGCGGUAGUGGUCCCCAUGGCCCUUCCACUUUUGAUAAACUGAAGAUGGGCGGCAUGAUGGGUGGAUCUGUGGGGUUGAUCAUUGGCUUCAUAUUCGGCGCUACAAACAUCAUUCGCUUUGGGCCGGGACCUAAUGGAAUGCUACGAACAUUAGGACAAUAUAUGCUAGGAUCUUCCGCGACCUUCGGGUUUUUCAUGGCCAUUGGCACUACUAUUCGAACAGACAGCUCACCCAUUGCCACUGAAGUCUUCUCGAGAACCAACAGGCGACCCCUAGUUCUUCCGCGGCAGUACCAAUACUCCCGAGCAACCCGUGACGACCGGAACUGAAGAAUACCACAAAAAAUACGAUUCUCAACACCCUACAAAAUUCGAGGCUGUACACUACCGUGGAUGGCAUAUGCCACGAGGAGCAAUGUAUAUGUAAAUAUAGGGUAUGCGGUUCAAACACCUGUCGGAGAGGGCUCAGUUAGCUCCUUCAAGAUCUCAAUAUAGCAAUUACGAAAGUUAUACUUAUG